AUGAGAGUUGUUAUUCAAAAGGUUAAGCAAGCGUCUGUGGUCGUCGAUGAUAAGAUCAUCUCAUCAAUUAAUAAAGGUCUAAUGAUUCUUGUCGGGAUUUCAACCAAAGAUACAUUGGAAGAUGUAACUAGGUUAACAAAGAAGUUGUUAGGCCUUCGAAUUUUUGAAGAUAUUUCUAAUCCACCACUGACUGAUUCCGUACAAAAGUGGAAUGGGAAACCUUGGGCGAAAAGUCUACUUGAUGAUCCAUCAUUGUCCGUUUUAUCAGUAUCCCAAUUUACACUCUACGGUACCAUUAAAAAAGGAACGAAACCGGAUUUCCAUAAAGCAGCUAAAGGUAUGGAUGCCAGAAGCUUAUAUGAUGAGCUUUUAAACCAGUUGAGGAUUGGAUUAGGUAGCGAAGAAAGAGUAAAAGAUGGGGAAUUUGGAGCUAUGAUGGAUGUUUCCUUAACAAACGAUGGACCAGUUACGAUUAUUUGGGACACGCAGGAUUCAACCUUAUAA